AUGAUAAAACCAAAAAAGAAAUAAUAAUAAAACAAGAUGGAGUAACUAAUACAAAAUAAGAGAUUAGAACAUCUAGAAUUAUUGAAUUAAUUGGAAAAACUAGAAAUAUAAUAAUCAACAAAAGAAAUGCAAAUUAUUUAAACGAUUACACAAUAAUAAAAAAAAGAACAUGAUAUUGAGAUAAUAGCAGCACCAUAAUUAGUUUCACCAAAAUGGCUAAUGAAUUUAAAGCCUACUAUGACAUAUGAAUGUGAUGUAGUAACUUAAGAAGAGAGUGAAUUAGAUUAAAUUGUUAAGCAUCAAUUAAAAGAAAAGAUUUAAAAGUAGAAAGUAAGAUAUAUAUUAUUAAUAAUAUAGGAAAUGUAAUAACAAGCUUAUUUAGAAUUAAUAAAUGAAUUAGACUUAUAAUCAAAACAUCAUGCAUAUGAUGAGAAAGUAAAAGAGGAUUUCAAAUGCACAUAUUAAUUUAUGAGUUAAAGAAAAUAAGUAAGUAUUGACAUAAAGUAUUAUGAUUUCUUAAAAUUAAAUCCUCAGAAUUAUGUUAAUGAUACUAUAAUAAACUUUUUCUUAAGAUUUAUUGAGAAUGAUAUCUUCAAAAAUAAAUCUCUAUUUAUUUACAACACUUAUUUUUGUACUAGACUGUUAUCAUUUCAUGCAGAAUACAAAUAAAUUUAUACACAAUAUUUAUAGAACAAUUAAAUGUUAUAAAGAUGGACUAAAGAUAACAUCUUUAUGAAAUAAUAUAUAUUAUUUCCUCUACAUUUACGUGAACAUUGGGCUGUGAUAUUUGUAGUUAAUCCAUUACAAGUUUGCGAAUAAUUGUGUAAUAAUAACUAUUAAUUGAGUACUGAUGUGAAUAAGAAUGGGUAUUUAAUCUAUUUUGAUUCACUUCUUAUAUAGGAUUAAAGGAUUGGAAUUCAAAUUAAAUUUUAUUUAAUGCAUGUAUAUAAUCUUGAACACAAAAGAUAUAGUGAUGAUUAGAUCUAUGAGAUUGUAAUGAGAUCAACUGUCCCUGUUCAUUAGCCUAUAGUACCAAGAUAGACAAAUCUAGUAGACUGUGGAUUGUAUAUGUUGGAAUAUGUAGAGAGGUUUUUAAUGAAUCCCUAUUAAAUUCUUAAUAAUUUGGAAUAGGAUCACUUGAAAUGGUUUCCAAAAGUGAUGAUUUUUAUUAAACGCAUAUUAAUUAAAAAAAUAUUAAAUGCCUUAAGUUCUGGAUAAAAAGAUUAUGCAAUUAGAUACCAAGAAAAUUGCAGAAUGAUUGAUCAAUAAUUCAGUAUUUAUUUAUACAUUAUUAUAUAUUAGCUGACUCAAAUCAAUAUGAUUACAUUGAUGAGUAAUUACUAGAAUAAUUGUAAGUACCACGUUUAUAAUUUCAUUUAAGCGAAGAUUAUAAUUACUAUUAUGAUGUUUCGCCUAGUGUUGGUGUAUGA